CUUCGGUAUUCCACAGGCCUUAUUCUUGUGGACGACAAUUGAUCCUGGUUUGAACAGGUCAAUUCAAUGAUUUUUAAGGGAUUUUGAAAAGUUUGAUCUUUUUUUCUACUAUAUUUUGAAUAGAUCUGUGCACAGUUUACGACCUCAAAAGUUUGACGAUUUCAUUUCUUUUUCUAUUAUUACCGUUCACGAUGUCUGCUAUGAUUACUACUACCACCUGGGUGCGACGGGGUGUCGCAGCUCAGUUUCCGACUCGAUAUGAGAUUGAUGAGGAGGAGAUGAAUCGGAUAUCUACUCUGGCGAGGAUGCAGCUGGAGGAUGCGAAGGGUGAUCUGAAGGCCGCUCAGGAUGGAGACGAGGAAGCUGAUGAAGCUAUGGAUGAGGAUAAUAAGGAGAAGGAUACUAUGGAAGAUGAUUCCGGAAAGAAGUCGGGCACGGCUACUACUGAUGACGAUGAUUUGAAGGAAUACGAUCUUGAUCAUUACGACAGUGAUGAGGUUGAUGAGGAUGGCGAGAAGAUUACCAUGUUCGGCAAUGUCAAGUCGCUUGCGUACCACCAGCCCAACGAGGAAGACCCGUACCUGGUAAUGCCGCCAGAGGAAGAGGAUGAGGAAAGGGAGGAGCUGCAGGUCCUUCCAACGGACAACUUGCUGCUCGCGGGUAAGGUGGAGGAUGAGGUUGCGCAUCUUGAGGUCUACCUCUACGAGGACCGGGACGCCAAUCUCUACGUGCACCAUGACAUCAUGCUGCCGGCCAUCCCUCUCUGUACUGAAUGGCUGGACAUCCCUGUCGGAAAGACCACCGAGGGACGCACUACAGGAAACUUCGUGGCUGUCGGAACGAUGGACCCCGAUAUCGAAAUCUGGGAUUUGGAUAUUGUCGACUGCAUGUACCCUAAUGCCAUCCUGGGUCAGGGCGGUGAAGGCGAAGCUGGAAAGAAGCCUAAGAAGAAGAAGACCAAGGCGAACGACGAGUUCCACGUCGAUUCGGUGCUGGCACUGGCUGCUAACCGGCAGCACCGCAAUCUUCUGGCCUCCGCCUCGGCUGACCGAACGGUCAAGCUCUGGGAUCUCAACGCCACUAAAUGCGCCAAGUCCUACACUCACCAUACCGACAAGGUGUGCUCCUUGACCUGGCACCCGACGGAAUCUACUGUCUUGCUGAGUGGCAGUUACGACCGUACAGUCGUGGCCGCGGACAUGAGAGCCCCCGACUCCAAGGCACGGUGGGGCGUGGACACAGACGUCGAAAACGUGCGCUGGGAUGUGCACGACCCCAACUACUUCUACGUGACGACAGACGGUGGUAUGGUCUAUCGCUACGACGUGCGCAACGUCCCCGCCAACCCUAAGGAUUCCAAGCCCGUGUGGUCCCUGCAGGCGCACGACGACUCCGUGUCGGCUUUCGACAUUAACUCCGCCGUUCCGGGCUUCCUAGUGACCGGUUCCACAGACAAGCAGGUCAAGCUGUGGAAUGUCGAGAACGACAAACCUAGCAUGGUCGUUUCACGCAAGCUGGACGUCGGCAAAGUGUUCUCAACCACAUUCGCCCCCGAUCCAGAGGUCAGCUUCCGACUCGCCGUGGCCGGCAGCAAGGGCGUCGUGCAAAUCUGGGAUACUUCCACCAACGCCGCAGUCCGCCGGGCUUUCGUGUCCCGGAUGCCCAGUUUGGAAGGUGAGGUGCAGGAGCGCUUCGUGGGCUUGCAGGCGGACCAGAAUGACUCGGACGAAGAAGAUGCUGCCGAGGAGGUUGGUGCGGCCACCGGCGGUGCAGAUGGCUGGGAGUCGAUGGAUGAAGACUAAGGUUCUGGAAACGGGGAAGAUAUCCGACGGCAAGGAGGCACUCCUAUGUUAACUGCAUGAAUUCAGGAAGUUUUCUCUGCUGUGUGUAUAUCUAAGUGCUGUCUGCCUCCCGCUGAUAUGCAAUGCAGAGUUGAUACCCAGUUUGGUUUAAAUUGCAACUGAAUGCUGAUCGAAAAUGCGAAGGGAGGACAUCUCCGAACUAAGCAAGGAUCGACAAGAUCCCGUCCGAAAACGGUCGUAGCGUGAAACGGCCCGGCUAGCCAAUCAAAGUCUCACCUUAAUUUCAGAGAUCCAAAUCAAUUUGCAAUUGAGGGUAAAGCCGGUGAUUAACCCGGGAUUUGGCGACUAAUGUCACGGUGUCGCUUAUGAGAUUACUACUGAACAAUAACUACGUAAAUAAACAAUGCAACUACAAUUCAAC